AUGAGAUCUCUUGCCGUUUUGUCGGUUGUCGCCCUCGUCGGUCUCUCUGCUGCCACGAAGAAUCUUCCCGAAAAAUUCUACGGAAAAUUCUUGUGCGAGGAUGCCAAAAAUGAGAACUUCGACGAGUAUUUGACGGCAAAGGGAUACAGCUGGUUCACCCGAAAACUGAUCGUGUUCGCCAAAUUCGAGAAGGUUUUCGCAAGGAGCACCAAGCCUGGACACUUCAGCUUUGAGAAUCUCACUUCAAAGAAGGAUGUCUCCUACAAGGACGUUGAGAUUGGCAAACAAUUUGUUGGUGAGGGACUCGACUCGACCAAGCACGAGAUCACUUUCACUUUGGAGGGAGAUCAUGUCUUUGAGAAGCACCACCCACUUGAGGCAGGAGAGGCCAAGGAUGAGACCUAUGAGUACUACAUGGAGGGAGACUACCUCGUCAACAAGAUGGAAGCGGGCUCGAUCAUCGCCAAGCGUUACUACAAACGCACCGAA